AUUUGAAAAUGAAACCAAAAAAAAAAUUAAAAAAAAAAAAAUCAGAAACCCAAUUUCAUAAUAUCCAAGAGAGUCCACACACAGAGUAGUCCGAGGGUAGAGAGAAGACAGUGAAGCAAACGAAACGAAAACAAUGGCGGAGUCCGCAACAGCAGCCUCGGCUCCCCCUCCAAACCCUAACAUGCUGGUGGCUCCAGUUCCUAUCGUCGAUCCUCUUCUACCGGCUGAGGCUCGCCUAUGCAGGUUUCCAAAAAGGCCUUCCGUCCGACUCACUUCGGAAUUCGACAGCGAGUCCUCCAUUUUCUUCCACAAGUUCUCCUGCAAGCUCUUCGACAGCCUCGCCAAGUUCAAGCUUUCUUUCCAGAACGACCACAACGGCCACGUCUCUCUUCCUCAGUUGGCUUUCAUCUCCAAGCACCUUUCUCUUCAUUACGACCUUGAAGACCAAAACACCCUCCUCAAGGCCUCCUUGGAUGUCGCUCCUCGGCUUCAUCUCCGUGCUGUCCACGAUGUCAAGGCACAGCAAGGAGAACUUUCAAUGGUUGCAAAGCUUGCUGAACCUGGAUAUGCAUUGGAGCUAACAUCUGCUGUUCCAUCUGUUGGUUUGCCAAAGGCAACCCUUAAAUUCCCCCUUGGUGAAGUUUCUUUGGAGGAGAGAGAAGAGGAGGAAGUCCAGAGAACGUUAUCAAUAAAUAGUAUUGCUAAAGGCCAAAUCUUUAAUGGUGUGUGUACUGCUCAUUACGUGGAUGAAGAUUUGAAACUAAGAUAUUCCUUUAAGGAUGGCGAGAUGUCCUUUAUCCCAACCAUUACCCUGCCUUCAAAUGCAUUAUCUCUUGCAUUUAAGCGUCGAUUUAGUCCAUCAGACAAAUUGAGCUACUGGUACAAUUUUGAUGCCAACAAUUGGAGUGCAGUUUACAAGCACACAUAUGGUAAGGAUUUCAAAUUUAAAGCUGGAUAUGAUUCAGAGGUGCGUCUUGGCUGGGCAUCUCUUUGGUGUGGAGUUUGUUUGUGCACAUGCUGGCGUGUGAUGCAAUUACAUGUUUUUGUUGCUUCAAGUUAUAAUUUUCUGCAAUUGCAAUCUGACAUUGUAUCUGGUGCUGUGGUCUUGGACAGCAUGGAAUGCUUCCUCAACAUUUUCAACUUCAUGAAUGAUGCAAUGAAGCAUUCCCCCCCCCCCCCCCCCCCCCCCCCCCCCCCCUUUUUUUCCAACUUCAUGGAAUGCUUUUUCUUUCCAACUUAAGAUGAAGCAUGCUUGAAAACAAUAUGCAUCAUCCCCUUAUAUAGUUCAAAGUUAUAUGUUUAUAAUCAUUAUAUAUGUUAUAAUAAUAUAGCUAGAGCAUUUUGUUUUCU